CGUCGUUUUUUUUUAUUGUUGCAGAUAUUUCGUUUACAAGUUUAACUAGCAUAUUAUAUUUAUUCUCACAUUUGAAAUCCAACGCAAUACAAAGUAGUAUCGAUCUUAAAUGUAACUUGUGUAAGUGGAAAAAUUUAAGUCAAAGUGUCUCUUCUUUUUAUUAACUGAAAUCGUCUGAAACAACAAUUUUUGUAAAUAACAAAAUUUGUUGACCAAUCAAAAAAAGUUUAGGAGUAAGAAGAGCACCAAAAAUUCAAAAGUAAUCUGUCUUUAAAAACGUUUUUACCAAAAGGCAAUUAAAUGGCAAACGAAAAUGUUGUUAUCGAAAGAGGAAAAGACUAUUUAUGCGACAUGUGCUCAAAAGGGUUUACAUCAAAACAGAACUUAUCACUUCAUGUCAGAUUAAUUCACGAAGAGCGAAAAGACCACGUUUGUGAUGUGUGUCAAAAAGCGUUUAAAACAAAACAGUACUCAAUAAUUCAUCACAGAACAGUUCAUAAAAGACAAAGAGACUACGUAUGCGAUGUGUGCCUACAAGAAUUCACUACAAAACAGAACUUAACAAUUCAUCGCAGAAUAGUUCACGAAGGACGAAAAGACUAUUUAUGCGACAUGUGUCAAAAAACAUUUACGUCAAAACGAUACUUAGUGAUACACAAAAAAACAGUUCACGAAGGGCAAAAAGACUACUUAUGUGAAGUGUGCCCAAAAGUUUUUACAUCAAAACAGAACUUAAAACUUCAUAUCAGAUCAAAUCACGAAGGACGAAAAGACUACGUAUGCGACAUGUGUCUAAAAAAGUUUAUAACAAAUAUGAACUUAGAACAUCAUCGUAAAACAGUUCAUGGAGGACGAAGAGACUUCGUAUGCGACGUGUGCCAACAAACAUUCACACAGAAGACUCAUAUGAAGAAACACAAAAAAAUAAUUCACCAGAGACGAAAAGACCAUAUUUGCGACGUUUGUCAAAAAACAUUUUCUGAUCGGAACAGUGUGAUGGUUCACAAAAAAACUGUUCAUGAAGGACGAAAAGAUUACGUAUGUAACGUGUGUCAAAAAGCAUUUGGAAGCAAUCACAGCUUACAGACCCAUCACAAAACCGUUCACGAAGGGCAAAAAACUUACGCGUGUGACGUGUGCCAAAAAGCGUUUACAACUAAUCGGGGCUUAAAAGAUCAUCACAAAACUGUUCACGAAGGGCGAAAAGACUACAUGUGUGAUGUGUGUCAAAAAGCAUUUUCUGAUCGGAAAAAUGCGAAGGUUCACAAAAAAGCAGUUCAUGGAGGACAAAGAGAUCACAUUUGCGACGUGUGUCAAAAAGCAUUUGGAACUAAUCGGUAUUUGGCAAAACACAAAAAAUUAGUUCACGAAGGAAGAAAAGACUUCAUGUGUGAUUUGUGCCCAAAAGCGUUUAAAUCAAAACACAACUUGAUACUUCAUCUUAGAUCAAGUCACCAAGGGAAAAAAGAUUACUUAUGCGAUAUGUGCCCAAAAUCGUUUACAGCAAAACAGACCUUGAUACUUCAUCUUAGAUCAAGUCACCAAGGGAAAAAAGACUACUUAUGCGAUAUGUGCCCAAAAGCGUUUACAACAAAAUCCAGCUUAACACGUCAUCGUAGAGUAGUUCACGAAAAACAAAGAGAUUACGUUUGCAACGUGUGCCCAAAAGCCUUUACAUCAAAACAAAACUUAACACUUCAUCUCAGAUCAAAUCACGAAAGACGAAAAGACUACGUAUGCGAUAUGUGCCAGAAAGCGUUUAUGUCAAAACAGAACUUAACACUCCAUCUCAGAUCAAGUCACGAAGGACAAUAGAAUUACGAAAUGAUGCGCGAAAGUGGUGAGAUACACAAACGCGAGCAAUGUCAGAAAACGUUUUGCAGAAAAGAAAAUUUGUUGAUGCAUAUAAAAGCUCAUCAAGGCUUAAUUCAAGAGACUAGCGACGUCUAUGAUCAACAUUUGCUCAAAAUAUCUAACGAGACACUUACGUUGAAACCCCAAGUAAAACAAACUCUUAGUACUAUUUAUGAAUACCAAAAAACAACGAGAAUGCGAUGUUUGCCAUGAAAAAUUCUCUCAAAGACGCCAAUUAAUGAUGCACAUAAUUGUAGUUCACCGAGCGAUUACAUGAACUUAAUAAAUUCGACAAGUUUACUAACCUUCGACAAGAAAUCCAUGAUAUAAAGCUUAAGAAUGAACGAAUUGAUUUGUAUGCUCUUACAAAAGCUCUGAUUUAAAUAAAUAUCAAUUAAAAAUGUUUUUGCU